AUGAAGCUUACAUUCCUUUGUUGCCUUCUUUCCAUCGCGACCACUGGCUAUGGAGGAGUAGCCAUGCAGGCGGGAGAUUUUCCCGAAGGGAAAUGGAAAGCGAGGUGCACAUGCGAGGGCAGCGCGCUUCGCAAUGAAGUAGCAGCUGCCUGA